AUGACUUCGUUCAUCAUUCAAGGUACAUCUAAACCUACUCCUAAACCCGAGAAAAAUACCCGAAGCUCUCUCUCCCUCUCCACUCUCCAUAUUUUCUCCACACAGCUCCGGCCACCACACACGGCUCCGGCCUCCCGGUUCACACCAUACAUACAACUCCGAAACGAGGAAGAGAAAAAAGGAAGAUCGAAGGUUGAAGGAUCUAGAAGCGAAUAUUCUCCUGCGAGAUUAUUUGCACAAACACUAAAUUGGGGACUGAAGGUUGAUGUUGUUGUUUUUUGUUUUCUUGACCUUGCUUCAAAUUAUGAACCCCCAGAUUCACUUGCGGAGUGGCUUGAAGCUGGUGAACAACCUGUCUGUAUCGGAUUUGAUAGCCUUGCCAAAAAAACCUCUCCCGACAAAAUUUCGUUAGCACAGAUAUAUCCUGGCGAAUAUUCUUCGGAUUAG